AUGUCCGAUAUCCUACGAGCCAAUGAGUACCAAACUAGUGGCUAUCUGUUACGCAAAUUCAAGAACAGCAAUGGUUGGCAAAAGUUGUGGGUGGUGUUCACGCAACUAUGCCUCUUCUUUCACAAGAGUUAUCAGGACACCUUUCCCUUGGCUAGUCUACCCCUCCUAGGCUACAGUAUUAUCACACCCUCACCGGAGGACAAUAUUCGCAAAGAGUUUGUCUUUAAAUUGCAAUUUAAAAAUCACGUCUACUUCUUCCGCGACGACAGUCAGACGUCUUUUGAACGUGAGCUAAUUCAGUUGGCUGCUUUUCCUCUCCCCGUUUCCUUCUUCCUCGUCUUCUCUACCAGAUGGUUUGACUGUCUGAGUAGUGCAGCAGGCACAAAUGCUAGGCAACGAUUGGUCAGUUCGCGCCAUCCUGUCACGUCAACUGUUGCCACCGCAAUGACAACAGCAGGGACAACAUCAACAGCAAUAACAACAACAACAACAACGUCGAAUACCUCUUGUGAAAAUAAGGAGAAGUGA